GAGGGCGGUGUUCAUCUUGGUGAUGACGUUAUGAGGCAGGACUUGAUCGAACCCACCAAUAAGACGAGCCAGCUCGGUUCUUUUGGGGCUCAUCGCAAUGAAUGGGUGUCGGUGGUUCACACGGCAAGGGAGCGACCACAACAAGACGCGGAUAUUGAGGGGAUGCGGCAUCGAUACGCGGGAGCUGUCCAGCAGCACCACGCCAACGACACGGACGCACGAGAUAGCCAGAGCGUUUCAGCGCGCGUUCAGAAAGAAGGAUCUCGUCCAGUCUCACCGCUCUUUAGUCUGCCGCCCCCACCACCAUCGAUAAAGGAGCGCUCCACCUCCUCACAUCAGAGCCGACUUGUACUGUCUUGUCCGGACCACACCACCAGAGAAGGUGUCCAUGACUGUAAACCGCAGCACGGCGAGUCCCUGUCUUUGACCAGCCACAGCAUCCUCCUCACACAGGGUGUGCACAGUGACCGUCAGCCUAACCAUAACCAACCACUUCAGCCGGAGUUUCCAGAGGCCUCACCUGGCUCUCAGUGUCAUUCGGAGCCAUUCUGCAGCUAUUCUCCUCAGCACAAAUCUUCCGUUUCCCCGCAGCCCUCCCCAUCAGAUCUGCCGCUGCUGCCGCCGCCGCCUUUGCAUAUUUCUGGUACGCGGGAUACUCGCCAAAAGUGUGCUAAUUAUUGCAAACAACAAAACGCACAACGGUACGUCGGGGAGGGGGGGCGUCGAGACCUAAACCCGUUGCUGCAGCAACCUUGUUAUAAUCAAAUAGGGGAUCAUCAACAAAGGGACCCCUCUUUGGAGCUACUCUUACCAAACUCCGGCCAAGGACAGAUAAAUGCAUGCGAGGAAAUCAAAAAGGAGAGACUACUAAUUGAGCCUCAAGCUCAGUUACCACAACUGCAGGCUCAACGGCAAUUACUGUUGGGUAGCAGCUUGCCUACCAACUACUGCAUCAGCGGAUCUGGGGAAGUGUGCAGAAAUAACCGAGUGCUGUUGCAGCAACAGCAGCAGCAGCAGGUAGACGCGCAGAAACACAGCUUUCAGUGGCAGCAGAGUGACCGAGACAGCAGGUGCCAGGUGAGAAAAAUCGCACUGCUUCAAGCAGAGCAGAAGUACCAUGAUGGUCAAAGUGAACGCGCGUUAGUGAGAAACUCGUCGGUCUCCAGCAGUGAAAAUAGCAGCCCCCCGUACGGCUCCAGCAGUCAACUGUGGCCAGAGCCCCACGAAAAGGAGGAAAGGAAAAACCGAGUAGGCAGACACAAGGCACAUGCUGAGCGAACAAAGCUGAGCCAUGCUGGAUCCAAGCCCUCCCUCUCUGAGAGCAGGCACUCACUCCCUCAGAUAGCCAUGAACAGCUGCAAGUACAAUGGAGGAGUGGUAAAACCACUGGGCAGCCUGGCGGCGUCACGACGCAACCUAGCAGAGCAUGACUCUGAGACCCAGCCGCUACAGACUCUGCACAGCUCUGGCUUGGAAGUGGUCAUCUCGAAGGGUGGUAGCGAGGACCCCAGCAAGGCGUCCAAUGAGAGCCUGGUCAGAGAGAGUGGCAGUGCACCACAGAAGAAAAAUAAAGAUAUCGGCUACAAGUUGGGCCACAGGAGGGCACUUUUUGAGAAGCGCAAGCGGCUUAGCGACUAUGCCCUAAUUUUUGGGAUGUUUGGGAUCGUUGUCAUGGUAACAGAGACUGAGCUGUCCUGGGGGGUUUACACUAAGGAAUCUUCAUAUUCAUUUGCACUAAAAUGCCUUAUCAGCCUUUCCACUGUUAUUUUGCUUGGUCUUAUAAUAAUGUACCACGCUCGGGAAAUACAGCUGUUCAUGGUGGACAAUGGGGCGGAUGACUGGAGGAUAGCCAUGACAUAUGAGCGUAUCUUCUUCAUUGUACUGGAGCUGCUGGUGUGUGCCAUUCACCCAAUCCCGGGCCAGUAUGUCUUCACAUGGACUGCCCGGCUGGCCUUCACCUACGUGCCCUCUGUGGCCGAUGCUGACGUAGACAUCAUCCUUUCCAUCCCCAUGUUCCUCCGUCUCUACCUGAUCGGCAGGGUCAUGCUCCUUCAUAGCAAGCUUUUCACAGAUGCAUCCUCACGCAGUAUAGGUGCCCUCAACAAGAUCAACUUCAACACACGCUUCGUCAUGAAGACCCUCAUGACUAUUUGCCCCGGAACUGUGCUGCUGGUCUUCAGUAUCUCCUCCUGGAUCAUCGCGGCCUGGACCGUACGGGUCUGUGAGAGGUAUCAUGACAAACAGGAGGUAACUAGUAACUUUCUUGGAGCUAUGUGGCUAAUUUCCAUAACUUUCCUAUCAAUUGGCUAUGGAGAUAUGGUCCCUCAUACAUACUGUGGUAAAGGGGUCUGUCUUCUCACAGGAAUAAUGGGAGCUGGCUGCACUGCACUUGUAGUCGCAGUGGUUGCCAGAAAGUUAGAACUGACAAAAGCUGAGAAACAUGUCCACAAUUUUAUGAUGGACACCCAGCUUUGUAAACGAGUAAAGAACACAGCUGCCAAUGUACUCAGGGAAACAUGGCUCAUCUACAAACACACAAAAUUAGUGAAGAAAAUAGAUCAUGCCAAAGUGCGCAAACAUCAGCGCAAGUUCUUACAGGCCAUUCACCAGCUCCGCAGUGUGAAAAUGGAGCAGAGAAAACUCAAUGACCAGGCCAACACACUGGUGGACUUGGCAAAGACACAGAAUGUGAUGUACGACUUGGUGUCAGAGCUGCAGGAGCGUAGUGAGGAGCUGGACAAGCGCAUUGGCACGCUGGAGGACAAGCUGGACGCAAUCACUGGCAGCCUGCAGGCUUUGCCCUGUCUGAUCUCCCAAGCCAUAACUCAGCAGCAGCAGGACCUCCUAGAUGGCUUCGUGCACCGCUUCCAUCUGCCCUCGCUGGGCUCAGAGCACUCCUGGACCCCCUCCAGACGGCGGCGCUCCCCCUCCACUGCCCCCCACACUUCCUCCGACAGCGGCUAACACUGGCCUGGACCUGCUUACCGCUUCCAAAGGUCUCAGACUUAUUCAUGUAAGCUGAUCAAACUUUUGUUGAGGAAUUUAGAGGUUGAGGACUCGUAUUAAUAAGUAGAGAAGAAUUAGUAGAUAUAUGGUUUAUGUUUAGCCAUUGUAUGGCUGUUCAAGUUAGCUUUUUUGUAAAGCCUUCAUAUAUUUAUAAGACUGAGUUCAAGAAGCUGGAGUGAGUCCAACUGGUCUUUAAAACUGGAGGUCCACAGGAAAGUGGGCCCAAGCAAUGCUUGCCAGAGUGAACCAAUCUUGAACACAGAGGAGAGAUGCACCCAUAAAGAAGAGAUGAAUUGGUUCUGCAAGACAUCUGUGGUGUUGUUUUCCCAAUGCCAGGAUGAGCAUUGAGAGUGCUGCCAGGUGCUCUGCGAUCACUCAGUAUUCAGCUGGAGAGGGGGAGCUCAUGACCUUACUACUGCGUAGAAUAUUGCCAGAAUGACAACUUUAUGGAUUCAGUUCCCUUGCUCUUUUAAGGGAAAUUGGGUGCAACUAAUCUUUUUUAGUUACUAUUGGCAUGUUAUUUUUUUCAGUGCCUGAAUGUAUAGAUUGAGAAGGGUUGUUCAUUUACCAAUUUUGAAGCAAGUUUUUUGUACAAUGUUACUGUAACACAAGCAUUGCAUUCCUUUUUCAGAUACAUUCCUCUUUAAGACAUUUUGAAUAAUUUGUCUUAACAAAUACCAUUAACUGUUGCAGUCUUCUCUUAUUUAUCAAAGCCUUUCAAUACUUCCACCAGUUACUACAGAAAGAAAGAAAGAAAGAAAGAAAGAAAGAAAGAAAGAAAGGACUUUUUAAGGAACCGUUAGUACUCAAGUUGGUAAAGUAACACUUUCAUUUAACCAAAUAUGAGCUUCCAGAAGUCUUCACAUUACAGAGAGGCAUCAUUUUUUUAAUUUGAAAUGACAGCACAGAGUGCUAAAUGCUGUGGUAGGCACAAAUGUAUGACAGAACUGAGAUUUAAACAUUUGCAUGUUUCAGUGCAAUUGAGACGAAUGGAUUAUGGAUGGUUUUUCAAAUGUAUGUGUGUGUUCUUUGCUUGAUUUCAUUUAUUUUUUACACAGAGAUUCCUUUUUAAAAUGUUAGAUAGUAUUUUUAGAGUUGCAAAAAUAGAGGUGCAGUAAUGUUUAAUGCAUUCCUUGUUCUACCUAUAAAUUAAAUUUACCAACAGAUUGAAGAAUCAAUGAAAAGUACAAUAAACACCAAAAGAAUCAUGAAAAAUACUUGGAGAUCUUCUCUGAGAGAUCUUCUCUGAAAGAAUUUGCACUUUUCAGAAUAUACCAUAAAGGCAGCUUAGAGCAAAUAACAGUCUCUCCUGUUCACUUGUAUUUUACUGACAUCUCAAUGAUAUACAGUCCUGAAUAAUCUAAUUAUCGUAAAGCAACUGACAAUGUUAUGUGUUCGAUGAUGUAAUUGUCACAAAUUAGAAUUUAUUGUAACUGACCACAAACAUUAACCCAGCAUAUUACUGCAAAUUUGACACUGAGUCAGUUACAUGUUUCCAGCUUAGUUCUCUUAAACAUCUGAGACAUUAUUUUAGCAAUUUAAAUGUGGCAACAACAAAAAAAAAAAAAAAAAAAAAAAAGAAAAGAAAAUUAAAGAAAAAUGGGCAAAUAAGGGUAAUGGAUCUCGUAAGCACACCCUUGUGCAGAGAUUUAAAAUGUAUGGAAGAUGUACAGAGGAUUGGAUUCCAACCAAAGCUUAACCUUAAUUUAAUUAAAAUGUUUAUACAACAUAGCAUCACAAGUAAGUAAUUAUAAGUUAGUGACAAUUACAAACUCAAAGACUCACAUACACACACUUAGUGUACAUUCCGUGUUAGAUCAAAGGCACCUCCCCCCCAUUUGCUGGUUAAUCAUUUUAUUAAUUAUUUGCAGGAUUUAUCAUUCAGAGGUCUCACCACAAUCAAACAGACUCCUAAUCAAACCUGUUUCAGUCUUGUCAGUACUAUGUGUUUAGGUCUUAUAUAUUUGCAGUCCUGUGUUCAAACAAUGUUAACACUGAAUCUAUUGUAAAUGAAAAAUGGAUAGGUAAAAAUUGGAUGGAUAAUUCUCAAAACCUUCAUUGUAAAUUGAAAUGUACCUGACACUUUGAUCAAAGACAAACUGAAGAAGCUGGUCAUGCCAUUAAAUUUCUAAGGUAAACCAAAAUAGAGGAAGAGAAUGCUUUACAAAAGUCUCUUUUUUUAAAAGUGCAAUUUAGUAGAUCCUGAUUAAAAUCAAAAGUAUGAUUUUGUCAAACAUAAUUUGAUGUAUGAUUGCAUAGUUUCAUUGCAAAUAAUAUGACCAUGACCCUUUUUCUCUCUCAUUCAAUGUCAACACAUUCUAAAUGUUGUAAUGUGCCAAUUAUAAAAUAAGACUCAAAGCUUGUGCCAUCUGACAUCAAACUGCAUACAUCACUAGAUGGGACACCAAAUCGAUAGAAAGUAUAUUACUAGAUUACAGGAUUUUUUUUUCCUUAAUUUUUUUUUUUAUUUUAUUUUUUUUAUUUCCUUUCUUUGUGAAAUACCUGUGAAAGAUUAAACAGAGAGAGAUGAAUUUGCAUUUUGUAUCCUCCCAGGUUGACUGUACAUAAAGGCAUGGGUUAUCAUGGUCUCAUAUGUUGAGAUCUUCUUAUUUUGUUUACAUAGAGAUAGCCCAAGAAGCUACAGUUGGAAAAAAUCUGCCCAUGUUUCAGAAAAUAAAUAUAGAAUUCUUGAGA